GCAGGCAUGGCGCGCCUCUCCUCUCCUCACCUGUUCUUGUCCCUGGCGUUGCUGACAGGUCUCUGCUCCCCCUUUAAUCUGGAUGAGCGCCACCCACGCCUGUUCACAGGGCCACCAGAGGCUGAAUUUGGAUACAGCGUCUUGCAGCAUGUUGGGGGUGGACAGCGAUGGAUGCUGGUGGGCGCCCCUUGGGAUGGGCCUUCAGGUGACCGGCGGGGGGAUGUUUAUCGCUGCUCUAUAGGGGGAUCCUACGAUGCCCCAUGUGCCAAGGGCCACCUGGGAGACUAUCAACUGGGAAAUUCAUCUCAGCCGGCCGUGAAUAUGCACCUGGGCAUGUCGCUACUAGAGACAGAUGGUGAUGGGGGAUUCAUGGCCUGUGCCCCUCUCUGGUCCCGUGCUUGUGGCAGCUCUGUCUUCAGUUCUGGACUGUGUGCCCGUGUGGAUGCUUCAUUCCAGCCCCAAGGAAGCCUGGCACCUACUGCCCAACGCUGUCCAACAUACAUGGACGUCGUCAUUGUUUUGGAUGGCUCCAAUAGUAUCUAUCCCUGGUCUGAAGUUCAGACUUUCCUUCGGAGGCUGGUAGGGAGACUCUUUAUUGAUCCGGAGCAGAUACAGGUAGGACUGGUACAGUAUGGGGAGAGCCCUGUGCACGAGUGGUCCCUGGGAGAUUUCCGAACCAAGGAAGAAGUUGUGAGAGCAGCAAGGAACCUCAGCCGGCGGGAGGGGCGAGAAACAAGAACUGCCCAAGCGAUAAUGCUGGCAUGCACAGAAGGGUUCAGUCAGUCCCGGGGCGGCAGACCUGAAGCUGCAAGGUUGCUGGUGGUUGUCACUGAUGGGGAAUCUCAUGAUGGAGAGGAGCUUCCAGCCGCACUAAAGGCCUGUGAGGCUGGAAAAGUAACACGUUACGGGAUCGCGGUCCUCGGUCACUAUCUCCGGCGACAGAGAGACCCUAGCUCUUUCCUUCGGGAAAUCAGAGCUAUCGCUAGUGAUCCAGAUGAGCGGUUCUUCUUUAAUGUCACAGAUGAGGCUGCGCUGACAGACAUUGUGGAUGCACUGGGAGACCGGAUAUUUGGUCUGGAGGGGUCCCGUGGGGAAAACGAAAGCUCCUUUGGGCUAGAAAUGUCUGAGAUUGGCUUCUCCACCCACCGAUUACAGGAUGGGAUUCUCUUUGGGAUGGUGGGGGCCUAUGACUGGGGGGGCUCGGUACUAUGGCUUGAAGAAGGUCGCCGCCUUUUCCCCCCACGAACGGCCCUGGAAGAUGAGUUUCCCCCUGCCUUGCAGAACCAUGCAGCCUACCUGGGUUACUCUGUUUCCUCCAUGCUUCUGCCCGGUGGCCGCCGCCUCUUUCUCUCGGGGGCACCGAGGUUUAGACAUCGAGGAAAAGUCAUCGCCUUCCAGCUAAAGAAAGAUGGAUCUCUGAGGGUCAUCCAGAGCCUCCAGGGGGAUCAGAUUGGCUCAUACUUUGGCAGUGAGCUCUGCCCAUUGGAUACAGACAAGGAUGGGAUAACUGAUGUCUUACUUGUGGCGGCCCCCAUGUUCCUGGGUCCCCAGAACAAAGAGACUGGACGUGUGUAUGUAUAUGUGGUGGGCCAGCAAAUUUUGCUGAUGCUCCAAGGAACCCUUCAGCCAGAACGUCCCCAGGAUUCUCGUUUUGGCUUUGCCAUGGCUGCUCUUCCCGAUCUGAACCAAGAUGGUUUCACUGAUGUGGCUGUGGGGGCUCCCCUGGAAGAUGGGCACCAGGGAGCGCUAUACCUGUAUCACGGAACCCAGAAUGGAAUCAGGCCCCAUCCUACCCAGCGGAUUGCUGCUGUAUCCAUGCCACAGGCCCUCCGCUACUUUGGCCGAAGUGUGGAUGGCCGGUUAGACCUGGACGGAGAUGAUCUUGUGGAUGUUGCUGUGGGUGCCCAUGGGGCAGCCAUCCUGCUCAGCUCCCAGCCCAUCAUACACCUGCUGCCAACCCUGGAUGUGAAGCCGCCGCACAUCAGUGUGGUUCAAAAGGACUGUAGGCGAAGAGGCCAGGAAGCAGCCUGCCUCACUGCAGCCCUGUGCUUUCGAGUGACAUCUCACACUGCAGGGCGAUGGGACCGCAGAUUCUACAUCCAGUUCUCGGCAUCACUGGAUGAGUGGACAGCUGGGGCACGUGCAGCAUUUGAUGGCUCGGGCCAGCGGCUGUCGCCUCGGCAGCUCCAGCUCAGUGUAGGGAAUGUCACCUGUGAGCAGCUGCACUUCCACGUACUGGAUACAUCGGAUUACCUCCGGCCAGUGGCCUUGACUGUGACUUUUACCUUGGACAACACCACAAAGCCAGGGCCUGUGCUGGAUGAGGGCUCGUCCACCUCUGUCCGAAAGCUGGUCCCCUUCUCAAAAGACUGCGGCCCCGACAAUGAAUGUAUCACAGACCUGGUACUUCAAGCGGACAUGGACAUCAGGGGCUCCAGGAAGUCCCCAUUUGUGGUUCACGGUGACCGACAGAAACUGCUGGUGUCAGCAACCCUAGAGAACAAGAAGGAAAAUGCCUACAACACUAGCCUGAGUCUCAGGUUCUCUAGAAACCUCCACCUGACCAGUCUUACUCCACAGAGAGCCAAAUCAGUGAAGGUGGAAUGUACUGUCCCUUCCCCCCAUGCCCGGGUGUGCAUCGUGGGCCAUCCAGUCUUCCAGGCGGGGGCCAAGGUGACCUUUCUGUUAGAGUUUGAAUUUAGCUGCACAUUCCUCCUGAGCCAGGCCUUGGUGAGGCUGACUGCCAGCAGCGAUAGCCUGGAGAGAAAUGAGACCCUUCAGGACAAUACAGUUCAGACCUCUGCCUACAUCCGAUACGAGCCUCACCUCCUCUUCUCUAGUGAGUCCACCCUACAUCGAUACGAGGUUCACCCUUACAGGACUCUCCCAGUGGGUCCUGGCCCUGAAUUCAAAACCACUCUGAGGGUUCAGAACCUUGGCUGUCAUGUGGUCAGUGGCCUCAUCAUCUCAGCCCUCCUUCCAGCUGUGGCCCACGGGGGCAGUUACUUCCUGUCACUGUCUCAAGUCAUCGCCAGCAAUGCAAGCUGCACAGUGCAGAAUCUGACUGACCCCCCAGGACCCCCUGUGCACCCAGAGGAGCUUCAGCACACAAACAGACUGAAUGGGAGUAACACUCGGUGUCAGGUGGUGAGGUGCCACCUUGGACAGCUGGCAAAGGGGACUGAGAUCUCUGUUGGACUGCUGAGGCUGAUUCACAACGAAUUCUUCCGGAGGGCCAAGUUCAAGUCUCUGACGGUGGUCAGCACCUUCAAGUUAGGAACUGAGAAGGGCAGUGUCCUACAGCUGACGGAAGCUCCCUCCUGGAGUGAGAGCCUCUUGGAGGUGAUUCAGAGCCCCACCGCCCCCAUCUCCCUGUGGAUCCUCGUGGGCAGCGUCCUGGGAGGGUUGCUCCUGCUUGCUCUCCUUGUCUUCUGCCUGUGGAAGCUUGGCUUCUUUGCCCGUAAGAAAAUCCCCAAGGAAGAACCGACUGAUGAGAAGUUGGAGCAGUGA